GCAUGAGUUUCAGUAUCGGCAGCAUGAAGGUCUCUCAAGAGUGCCGGGCGGGAUGAUGAACUCGCAGGCCGAGGUCGGGUCGGACCCGCACCAGACGAAGCGCGAGACGGCACAGAUCUUGGCUACCGGGAACCGGAUGCUGUUCUUACGCAACUACAUAUCACAGGUUGCCCCAUGGCUCGACAUGUUUGACAGCGACCGCGCCUUUGGCCUACAGCUGCCCGCCCUCGCCCGCACAGCGCCGGCCUUGCUAUAUGCCAUCCUCGGCAUCUCGGCCCGCCAGAUGGAGCGCAAAGAGAACAAGAAGAAUGCAUUUGAGAGCCUCGAGCUCUACCAGGAAGCCAUCCGGCUGCUGGCGCCUUUACUUCUCGACAGAGACCUCAUCAUCAUUCCCGUCUGUGUCAUCCUCUGCUGCCUCGAGAUGAUGUCUGCCAGUGCUCAGGACUGGCGCCGGCAUCUCGAAGGCUGCGCCGCGCUCUUUAGUAACUUUGGUGUCCACGGCUUCAGCGGUGGCCUGCUGCAAGCCGUAUUUUGGUGUUAUGCUCGGAUGGGUAAGCUGCGCUUGCCACCAGUAUCUUUUCAACGCCCUCGUGUCGUCCCCCCAACUAACUCGGCACUCCUACCAGACCUUUGCGGGGCCUUGAUAUCAGAUGGACUAGAGAGCACACUGGUACCUCCAUCAAAAUGGCUGCCGCCAGGAAGUGAUAUGCGCGAGGCACGACAACUGUAUCUGAGCUGCAACCACCCAGACAUGUAUGCCAACUAUUCAGUAUGGCUCUCCUCUCGUGUAUGCGAGCUAGUAUCUGAGAGAACUCGACACCGGGAGCUGGGUGAGCCAAAUGGCUGCACAGGGCAAUAUUUCACCGACCGAUGGAUCACGCUGUGGCAGGAGCUGCAGGCGUGGAUCAACGACAGCCCCCCAGAGUUUCACGCCAUCAGAGCGGUCGAGUCUAAGCCGUUCCCACAGACUUUGUACCCACACUGGGCUGCAAUAUCAUCGACACAGCUUCACCAUACAAGCUGCGUGCUUCUCUUGGGCAUCAUACCUAAGCCUAUCAACCCGGCGCUCACGCCCAACCCGAUUGGCUCGGUCGUCUGGCACGCGAAGAAGAUCUGCGGCAUCUCGCUCGCGAACUCCCAUCAGGGCUGCCUCAACAACGCAAUCCAGCCCAUCUGGCUUGCGGGCAGAUUGCUAAGUCACCGCUCAGAGCACGACCUUAUUGUCAAGCUCAUAUGGAGUAUCGAGAGCAUGACUGGGUGGGGUACGUGCUGGAGAAUCAGUGACCUCGAGGCGGCAUGGGGAUACAAGGUACGCAGGAUGUGAUGAUAGUCACUUCCAGGAUGAUCUCGGAAGCCCUUCAACUUCCCCACUCGGCUUGCAGGAUGGUCUCGUAGCGGGACACGUCCCACUUCGUCAGAGAACCAAUGCGCCUUAGUCCGUUUAAAAUCGUCCUGUGUUGGUCCUCG